AUGGUGGUGAAGUAUGUGGCGCCCACCCUGGGAACGGGUCAGGUCGGCCUCGUGGUCAUAGCAGGGCCGCCUCAUUCCACGAAUCCGCCACGGCUGCUUUUAUCCGGCGCUUGUGGAAGCAGCAUCAUUGUACCAGUGAUAAAUCCCGCAAGAAGAUUAAUUAUAUAUGACAGUGAUGAAGAGGAAAAUACCAGCCCUGAAUUGAGUGUUGAAUGGAAUUGGAAGGAAAUUGAUAACAGACCAACAAUUUGGAAAUAUUCCGUGUCUUGUGGUGUAAAAGACUAUGUUUUAAACCAGUUAGGCACGAAUUACGGAUUAUUAGAUUUAUUUUUUGUUGUGUUCGACGAAAAUUUGUGGGACAUUAUAGUUACGCAAACAAAUCUCUACGCGGAACAAAUAAUGAACCAUGGGAGAAGGAAGCUGGAUGAUGAUUGGUUUCCAGUUACCAAGGAUGAAAUAUUGGCCUAUUUUGCACUAUGUAUUUUGAUGUCGCAAGUCAAAAAAGCAACUAUACAAAUGUAUUGGUCUAAGCGGGAAGUUAUAGAAACACCUGUAUUUGGUAAAGUAAUGCCGCUCAAAAGAUUUACCCAAAUAUCACGAUGUUUGCAUUUCUCGAAUAAUGUAAGGGAUUGCAACAACGACCGCCUUUACAAGAUAAGACCAAUCAUUAAUUACUGGAACGACAAAUUUAAUAAGAUGUACACACCGGAAAAAAAUAUAAGUAUUGAUAAGUCAUUAAUGCGAUAUAAAGGCCGUUUAUCUUAUAAACAAUUUAACCCGUCCAAACUAUAUAAACUAUGUGAAGCAAAUAGUGGAUUCUGCAGCAAGUUUAAAAUACAUACUGGCCAAGAUAAAAUUGACCUAAAUGAUAGUGCAUCAGAAAAUGUUGUGAUGGAAUUGGCAGAAUCGGUACUAAAUAAAGGAUACACAUUGUGCAUUGACAAUUGGUAUUCCUCACCCGUUCUCUUUCUAAGAUUGCACAAACAAAAGACAAAUGUUAUCGGCACCGUGCGGAGUAACAGGAAAAAUAUGCCGAAGGAUCUUUCAACAAACAAGUUGAAACCAGAAAAACAUGUAUACAGAACGUGCAAUGGGUUGUUAGCUUUAAGAUGGAAGGACGGACCUGAUGUCUAUAUGUUGACAACGAAACACGCGUCUGUGGAAUUAACCGAAGUGACGGAUAAACGAGAUAGGACGAAAUUGAAACCUGUACACGCGUUUCGUCGCCGUGAGAAAGGAGGCGAUUGGAAGACUCCGUGA